CUUCCUCCCUCGGCGCCAUGGCCGCCUCCGUGCUCGGCAGAGGCGUGCUCUGGAGCGGGAGGGCCCUCGGCGCUGCGGCAGGUAGAAGAUCUCUUCUUUCUGCGGCCUAUGUGGACAGCUCAAAAUGGGAAAAGAGGCAAAAAGAGGAGCAUAGCCUGGCUGACUUAGCCCACUUAAUGGACAGAACCUAUGAAAGAAAGCUGCCUGUCAGCUCUUUGACAAUAGGCCGGUUCGUUGACAACAUUACUUCACGAGAGGAAGUGGAUCAAGCCGAAUACUACCUUUACAAGUUUCGGCAUAGUCCAAAUUGUUGGUACUUGAGAGACUGGACCAUCCACAGCUGGAUCAGACAGUGCUUAAAAUAUGGUGCACAAGACAAAGCCUUAUACACGUUAAAAAACAAGGUUCAGUAUGGAAUUUUCCCAGAUAAUUUUACAUUCAAUAUUUUGUUGGAUUGUUUUAUAAAGCAGAAGAAAUACGAAGAUGCUAUGUCAGUAGUAACAGAGAUCAUGCUGCAAGAAAGUUUUGAUGACUUCUCAACACAGCUUCUUUCUCUCUAUGUUUCAUACCAGUACUUGGCAACCAAGUCUGAAUAUACGUGGGAAGAGGAGAGAAAUCUUGGAGCAUCGCUAGUGCUUACAGGUCUAAAGCAAACAAACACUGUGGGUUUUAGCUCCCAGCUGUAUGGCUAUGCAUUCCUUGGGAAAGUGGAGCUGAAUAAAGGGCUAAGAGCUGUAUACAAUCUAAUGCCACUGAUGUGGACACCUGGAUACUUGAAUAGAGCCUUGCAAGUAAUGGAGAAUGUGGCUUCAUUUUCAGGGGACAGCAAAAUCUGCAAGGAAGCUAUUGAUGCUCUGGAGACCAUUUUGCAGUCUGUCCUUGAAGCAAAACCUGGUCCAGAAUCAGCUGAAGUCAAGGAAUUAGAGCAGAAGUCACGGUUUGCAGAAUCAGAAGAAACAGAGCAGUCUAAAGCACCUGAGUACUACAGCCGAUUCAAGGAGCUGUGCUCUAAGCUGCAUUCACUUGACAAGGUUGAAUCUGAAAGCCUGUUAACCCUGACCACCCAACUUGUCAAGGAAGAGCUGCCAGCAUGUGAAGUGGAAGACAUUGCAAAACAUGAGCAGAAGCUAAAGGAGUGGGAACAAGAACAAGCACUUCUCAUUGAGAGAGAAAGGGAAUUGAGAGAAAAGGCUAAGCAGGAAAUGGAAGCUAGGAAGCUAGCUGAAGCAUCUGCUUAGCACUGGAACUCAAAGACUACCGUAGUGGUACGCAUUCCUCUGUUGUUGAACUGAAAUGCUCACCAUUAUUAAUAUUUCACUUCAAUCCUGCUGCAAGCGUGACUAUAUGUGACUCCUAUAUGCAAAUUAAACUUUUCCCAUUUUGCCUGUUUGCUGAAGUAAAGCACGUGUGGUUUAGAAGUCUUCACCCGGUAUAUGAUAUAUUUUCCUCCUGCCAUGAGCCAAGCAGUGGGUGGGGUGGAGACAACACAAAGAAACAAAGGCAUAAGAAGAAGCUUGCCUGUGAUGAAAGGUGUAGAGGGUGGAAGGAACAAAAGAAGAGGGAAGAAUUUCAAACACAAGUUGUUUCAGUAGGGGUUUGUCACAGGAAAGAAUACCUUGGUUACUCUGAACUUCAGACACUAAGAGGAUUAAUGUAUACUGAUUGCUUCUUUCUUUCUCAACCCAUCUGGAAAAUUCAGGCUACUAUAUAUGGAAUUGGGAGUCUAACUUUAGACUGUUUUUAAAACUACUUUUAAAGAAUUUCAGCCUAGUGAGUUAGCACUUGUACAGGCAGUCAGAUGUGCCUUCCCUGUAAGGAAGUUAGAAAUUUCUGACUUUACUAGUGCUGCUCUGCUCCAUUUUUAAGGUCAGUAGAGAAACACGCACAAUCACCUCAGCACACACCCAGGAGCCUCAACUGCAGUGCAGUUUCCUUUUAUAUUCUGGGUGCUGUUUCAUGGGGGUUUUGACCUAAUUCUUUUCUUGUCUUAGCUGUGUACAUGGUCGCAUGCCCCAUUCUUCAGAUUGGUAAAACAAUGUGGCUAUUGGCACAAGGAAACAGCAAGGGAGGAAAGGAUCUUAGUGCAUUGCUUGUGGAAUGCAUCAGCAUCCAUCCCUACUUACAUUCCUUGUUAUCGCUGAAUCUCAUUAGCUGCAGCCAGCGACUUUAUGCAGCCCAUGGCAGGGCAAGUUCCUUGAAAACAGGAUCACCCUAGCAACAGACCUGCUGUAUUGCUGCUUGUUAUGGCAACACAUGUUGUCUCACUGUGUUUCACCACAGGGUCUGAUAAGCAUUUCCAGUUUUAUCAUGCACCUGUCUAGUCUUAGAGUGGUAAAGCUUACAUCACAAACUCACUGUAAAUCCAGUGAGAACAUGCUGCGAAUCUGCAAAGUGAACUUGUUUGAAGUGUAGGAAAGCAUGCACCAAAUACCUCUCUUAUUCCCAGCAAAUGCACUCAGAGCCUGAUUGCUCUUUCACAUCCAAGAACUUGACAGUAAGGUCCUUCACCUCGUCUUUUCAGCAAGUACCAUAGUUUCUCCCAUACUGCAGUAGGAGAGUGCUGUCUCCAGGUUAAGUGGAUGAUUUUGUGCCUUGACUAACUAAAUCAGCAGUGGACUUUCUUGGGCAACUUUCCUCAAGUCUCCUGAAGUCUUUUUCCUCUUUCUUGGUCUAACUGCUUUUUGAUUACUAGAAGUUAGGGAGCCUUAAGGGAGAGUGGGAGAGGCCAAACAUGCUCUUAAGGACAAUUUCCUUAAAACUGGUGGCUUUAAAGAGGUCGUCAUUCCUAGUUGAGCCACGGGAAAAUGAAGCAUCCCUUCCCUGACCGCAUACUUCAGUUCUUCAGUGUCAGAAUAUGGGCUGUAUCUCCAAAGGUUUACAAUCACUCCUGCAUCCUGAUUCCUUUCUCAGCUUGUCUCUACAGACACCACCUCUCCCUUCUGGGAUCUCCUCUAUACCACCACAGUUUUAAGACCUUCCUUGCUGACACAUGGCCUCUAGCCACUGCAGCUGCUGAUCGUGUUGCUUAUGAGACACAAUUUGGCUAGGCCACAGCGGGCACUGCCACAUUUCUUCUUGUUUCUUGUUAGCAUCUGUUUCUUGGCAGCACAAGGAGCCUGUCUCUGGCCCCACCUCUACCCUUCCUCACCCUCCUCGGUAGAUGCACCAAGCUAAUGCUAAUUGAGCUCCAGCAAGCUGCCAGCUGCCAUGCAUGCCGCUCUCUCACAGAGCAUGCUUCCCUUCCCCCACAACUAACUCCCCUUUCCAUUUAUUUAGACUUAACUAUUACAGCAAUAGGAGAAGAAAAUCCUCUAAGCUCUGAGUAGCCUGUUAAUGAAUAUUACAGGUUGCCUCCUUGCUUUACUUCAGGCUCUGUGGGUUUGAAUGGUUUUAGUCUGCUCCAAAGCCUACAAUCUUUCUCUGCCUUCUCCCGAGUCUCCUCCCAUAUCCCCCUCUGCCCUUGGGAGAGUGGGGUUUCCCUGCCAAAUGCUUUGCAGGCAGCAAAGCAGAUUCCUGGGGCCAAGUAAAGGACACCAAACCCAAGACCUGCAGCAGAGGGUCCAGACCAUUUGUGGCUUAAGGAGCCAAAAGUUUUGCCAAGCCCUCAUUUAUCUGUCCCCUCAUUAUCAUCCUGAGUGAGAAACCACUUCUGACACUUCCACCCGCUGGGCCACCUGCACACCACGGCCCUUCUUCCCUCUCUCUCAUGCCCUAGCUGAGUAUUUCUCUGUGGUCCAGUAGCCUCCAUCUUGCUUCUCCCCACCCCAGGUCUCACCACUCUCUCAGGCAAUAGCAACCAGCUUCUGCCAACCCAACGUUUUCUCACCUAGCAAAUCAUAAUAUUUCCCACAAGCCUACCUGCACCUUCUUGAAUUCUGCAGCAGUCCUUAUCACUGCUUCCCCUUUGACCUCACCCUUGAUCCCCUUCGAGUUCCUGCUGUGUAUCGUCUCAAGUUUAUUUCUUCCCCUUCUCCAAGGAGGCUGGCCAUGUCUCUUUGCCCCACACCCCCAUCUCAGACAGCAAAGUGCCCCUGGCUCUGUGGACAGCAAGCAGCCCAGGGUACCACACACUCAGGCACCCUGAGGUUUGAGGCCCCUGGACACAGCUCGGUCUCAAGAGGAGGUUGGAAAUACGAAUUAGCAACUGAAGCUGGAGGGAAAGGAGGAAGGUACUCUCCUCCUUGGUGCUCUUUCCUACCUGCUAGCUUUGAGCAAGGUCAACAGUAAGACAGACAAAUUGUGAAAUGGGGUAAUUCACAGACCAACGCUGUUCAGGCAUGUGCUCAGCUUCCUAAGGGAGACAGGGAUGGUAGCUGUUCACCACAAAUGCAGCAGCAUGAAAAAUCAAGAGAGUAUCAAGUAACUCAGCUUGACUUACCUGCUUUUCUCCUUCCCACUCCAGGAAAAGUAAGACUUGAUUGUUUGCCACCUUGCAUAAAUCAUGUUGCUUACGCAACCUGUUUUUCAGCUGCUUGCUGGAUUACUCUUAAAAAAAAGUUUGAAGAACACUUGUACCAACAGCUAGGAGUGAAACUGGGUCCCAGGCAGUCAAAAGCCCUUCUGUCUGGAUGCUCACAGCUUUGUGUGCACUCCUGUGAUAGCUAUCACCCUCUGUGAUGCAGCUAGCCACAUUUAGAAGGAGGGCAGAGAAGUCAUACAGCAGCUUUUGAUCUGCUGCUGCUUAAAUGUGAGCUUUGAUGCGAAGGGAAGUAUGUAGAUGUGUGUAUAUAUGCAUAUAAAAAAAAAGCUUCUGUACUCUACAAAGACAAAAAGCUUCUGAGUUCAUCCAGUCCUGCGCCCUGGUACUCAUUCAAUGCAAGCUCACAACCCACUGAGCACUCCCUUGCUAGGACACUCUCAAGCUUUUUGAAAUGUUGCUGCUCCUUGCUGCACUGUUUCAGACAGCUGCCUAGACCUUUCUGUAUGUGGAUGGGACUGGCAAAAUAUUUCCUGGAGGGGACAGACCAAAAUCUUUCUUGGUAGUAACACAAUCUCCUUUUUUUUGAUCACCUCUCCUAGAAAUGUUCCUUCACAUCCUGUUUUCAUUUGUGACUACAGCUGCGAUUUGCGUUAAAGCUAUUACAGUUUUUUCCCUUGUCGGUAUAUUUCUAAAUCACAGGAGUGCAUCUUUCUUCGUGAAAGUCUUUGAAUAAUUUCCCUACUCGUUAUCUUGGUGUCUGUAUAACUAAAGGCAGAGUAAAAUCUCAGUGCUAGAAGCAAUACAUUUGCAUACACAGUCACUGAGCUGAGCAUGCAAACGAGGUGACCAGCAACCUAAAUAAUACCUGCCUGCACUAAAGCUUAUGGUGCAGCAUUGCCAGACUAGUACAUGGUAGGCAGUGUUAACAGCUCUUCCGUGUUUCCCCAGGCAUGGGAGAGACCUUUCUCUCAACAAUACUUGCCAAAAAAACCCAGAAACCAGUACAAAUGCAAAGCCUGUUUGAUAUGUUGGCAUGAAUUUGGCUGCCAUUAGGAGAAAAAAACAGCACUUCAAAGGUUAAAGUUCUUCCUUUCAAUUCAAAAAGCAUCUUCCCAAUUCAAAUCCAUGGCAGAUGCCAAAUACGCUGCUGAUUAGGCAAGUAAAUAUGUAACUCUUCCUUCUACAAGUGUCACUGGCAGAACGCUACCCGCAAAGCACUGAAGAUCAUUAUCCAUUAUUCACAAGAGGAAAAUUACAUAUUUAUUCCCUUGCAGCUCAAAUAAAUGUUGCCUGAAGCCUUGCAAAGAUGGGCCCUAUUUAUGAUAACACCCGACCUUGCCAAGAUAGGGUUACUAGUUGCUCUCAGACCUGGUCAGAUGCUGCUGUGACCUACACACAGCGGUGGUAUUGAGCACCUUCCCACAGCUUCAAGCACCUGCUCCCUCCCCCAGUGGCUUGUCCCAGUUGCUUGCCUGCCUGUCCCAGGGCUUUCUGGUCACCCUAAAACUGUGGAACCAGGACAAUGACCUACCCCAGCUGCAGAUGAAGGUUGACUGGUGCAAGGGGGUUUCUGACCUGAGCAGCCGUCACUGUGCAGCUGAGACAGGCAGAAGACAGCCUGGGUCACAGAUUAGCAAGUGUCCUCUUUCUCCCCACCUCCUCAGGAAGCUGAAGUCAUAGUUACAACAGGGAAUUGUUGCACCCUUGACUUUGAGGGAUGCAAGAUGCGGUCCACUGAGCAGCAUCUGAUGCUGCAAGUACUGCUGCUGGUUUUGCUGGGGCUGUUCAUGUAGAAACUACAACUGAACCUUCAAAAAUGUAUUUCAAGUGAGUAUUUGAGCACAUUCAUGGAAAGUAAAGUUAAAUUUACCUUCCCUGAAAUUUAAUGGUAGAAAAUGUUGAGAUGAGGACAGGGCUCUUUGUAGAAGAGAAACUAUUGCUGUCAUAAGUGACAAACAACUUGACAGUGACUCUUUCAAAAUAAAACUGUGGAGAAUGAAGUAUAAGUCAAGAAUUAGUGACUAAAUAUUAAUUCAAGAGUAACUUAAGAUACUGAACACGAUAGGAAACUGUACCACCUAGUCUGGGUCAGUCUCCCCUUGGAAAUAGAUAUAUCUUUCAGUGAUCACAAAGUUGUCACUGAACUCAGCUAGCAAUUGCAUAGUACUAACUCUGUUGCUGCUCUUAAACCUUUCUGAUAAACUCAAGUCCAUUCAACCCAUCCUGAAUUGCAGAUGCCCCAGGCACAGAAAUAGCAUUAGAGCCCCAUUGACAAGCACAUUAGAUUAUGAGGACAAAAUUCAGCUUUCAGUAUAUCUUGUUCAUUGCAAAUCCUGACAGUUCCUCCCUUAAGUGAAUUGGGAAAGAAACUUUCGAGCCUGUUCUGGUCAUUACGCGUGGUAACUGUUGCUAUAAUUACAUCUUUGGAAACUGUAAACUCUUCCUGGAAAUACUGACUUGUACUCUGGGGGGUUCAUAUUAAGUAUGUAAGUGGCUCAGUGGCUCAGUUUACCUUCCAACUCUUCAAGCUGAGAAAGUAACACAGCUGGGCUGAAAUAACAUGAGGUUUGUAAAAGCUCAGUCAAAAUUAAUUUCUGGACCUUAACAGGUAUACAGGGUGUAACUUCAGCGUAUAUAGACAUUGCUAUGUAUAUUUAGCUUUGGCUGUAUUGGGACAUAAUCUCCAUCUAUUUCACUUAACCUCUCUGUAAUUCACAAGCACAGGUGAUGGGCCAAGCUGCAGUACGAUCUGUAGAUCAUGGCAUGCAAUUGUUUUGGCAGUGAAGCUGGCAGCAGAUACACAGUCAAUCUCCACCCCUGCCUUGCUAGCUAUUCACACUGGGGCUGGUAACACUGGAGGUGUUGAACUGCAGAGAAGCAGCUACAUCACCAGCAAACAGAGCUCAUGCACACAACAGUGUUUGCUGAUUUAGUUCUUUAGUUCUCGUAAGUAUUUAAUUUCUGGUGGAAAUGAUGCUGAGCAUGCAGUGGAAAACCAGCAAAUCCCCUGGUAAGCUGAGGGCACUCAGCAUUACUCAGCCGCUGGUGGUUUUGGGCUGAAUCUGAAGGAAGCACACGCAGCACAGCAGAGGACAAUGCCCUAGGGCCUUCAUGUGAGUGUGGACUGGUUGUGUCUGUGGGAGAUGAAAGUAGGGACUACAACAGUAGACAGUGGUCAAAAACAGUUUGCUGAGUGAAGGACAUGGGCAAUGCUCAUGUAGCAGAAGUACCACGUGCCCAGAGACACCCUCUAGGAAGCCAAGGAGCUUUUCUGCAGUGCUGGGAACAAGCUGAAUCUAUGAGGCGUCGCUAUGGCUAUUACUCAAGAGACCCCUGGACACCUCUUUUCACCCCAUCCUAGGAACCAUGAAAAGCUACAAUUAACUCUCAACCACAGAACACUAGAAAUUAGUACUAAAGAGUCUCUAGGUCUUGGAUGCCACAAGACAGCUCCCUCAUUUUAGGUGGACCAAAAAGGUCUGAGGGACUGUCAUUUUCCCAUGCCAUCUUAAAUAGUUCAUAAGCUGACUGAAUUUGUUCAUUAACAACACUAGUGGAAAUAAAAUUUCUCCUUCUCAGCAGCUGUGUUGAAGAAAGGAGCUUUCAUUUGGCAUCUGGAAGCAGCAGGCCAAAUGCUACAGACCAGGCUGACCUGCCCCUAUCCACAGGUAUCCAUGGGUGGUCCCACCUGUGCAAAUCCAGAACUUCACCCUGCAGCUGCAGGUGAAUAACUGGGGUUGAAGCUGACCUGGUCUGCUUUGCACAAUCAUUUUAAUAUAUUUUAAGUAGCAUCAAGCUACUCUACAACAACAGUUCAAAAAACCUUGAUGUACACAUACACAGGAUUAUCACUUGAGAUAUAAGACCUGCAGCAGUUGCCUCCCCUCAUCUGGUCUUCAUUUUAAUCUACUUCGCCAUGCUCAGCCCAAUUCAA